UGCAUGAACUGAACAGAUAUAACAGAUAUAAUAAUCUAACAAAUAUCUAAUAAACACAAACUUUACAGUAAUAAACUUUACAUUUAAAUAAAUUCAUUUGCAUUUCAAUCUAAAUCUGCAUGUGUAACAGAUUAUAAAAUGUACACUGUUUAUUCAUUUACACAUAAAAUAUUUUUGCCAAUUUGUUAAUUACAGUCUUAUGAACUUAGGGCUGUUCAGAUUUAAGAGCUGAAUUAAACUCUGAAGACCUUUUCAGAGUUCUGAGCACGUGGCCGUCAGCUGACCAUCAGACCCUCACCACACAGAGGGACGGUCAGUUUUUCUGCCACCUGCUGGACAGGAUGAAGUAUUACAGUGAGAGGAUUCACGUCAGAAACUUUUCACACACUGCUCUGAAUCAAACUUUCUGACAAACUUCAACAAAAGAUUCAGAGAUCAUGAAUAACAAAGAGAAAUUAAAUGUAGAAAAUAAUAUUAAAUUCUACACAGGAGAGAAGGUUUCAUUUAAACCCGUCUCAUGUGAAGACAGACAUUCUCUUUUCUGAGAAUUUCUGAGAAUAAUAAUAUGAGAAUAAUUGAAUUCAGUAAAACACUAAAUCUACACUCUGUGUGUAGAAAAUGGAAAUAAACAUCAAUUAGUUAUUGUUAAGGGAUUUUUUUUAUAAUUUUAUACAUAUUUAUUAUCUCCAUUUAUCGAUUAUUACAUAUUUUUUUUGUCAUUUUUACUUUUGCAUUUUGAAUGUAACUACAACAGGUAAGAAAUAGUUUGCCGUUUAACAACAAAAAAAAGAUUUUCAGUGGGGAUUCGAGAGGAUUUGGCAACCCCGCGUGCUCCCGGCACAUUUGCUAGUGAGCGUGGGUUUAACGGAAGUGACGUGUUGUUGGGAUGUGAUUUGAUUAAACAGGGCGGAUGGAGGCGCAGAGACUUUAAUUGUUUAUCUCCAUUUCAUUUAUUUAUUUAUUUUAUUCAGUGUGUGCGCGCGCAGGAGCAGCUUCAGCACACAGGAACUGCAUCGUUUUAUUUAUUUAUUUAUUUAUUUAUUUUUCUGCGGAUGUUUAUGGCGGAUUGUUUUUAUGUUGUUCGCUUUGUUCUCCAUUAAAAGGUUAUAAAGCUGCUAUGAGCAGUUUAUGCAGCCUCACGCGCAGUGAUAAUGCAUUGUUAUAAUGUAGGAGUAAUGCAGAGCUCUGAGAAGUGAAGCUGAACAAGUUUGGGCAGAUUUAUUUAUCCUGAGUGAAUAUUAAUAUGGAUUAAAAAUCAAACAAGACCUGGAGAAGCUUCAUCAUGCCUGCUGAAGAUGUGCGUCAGAGGAAAGCGGGCCGUAAGAAGUCUAAGAAAGGGAAAGGUAAAAGUGCGAGUGUUAAUGAGAAGACAAGCGGUGUGAACGGACACGAUGACCUCCGCCCGUCUCCGCCCGUCUCUUCCCCCCCAAGACCAGCUGAGGAGAAGAGGAAAACGGCGCAGGCUAAAGUGGAGGAAGAGACGUCCACGUCCAUCUGCGCUCAGGUCAUGUUCCCCUACCUGUUGGCCGGAAUGGGCAUGGUCAUGGCCGGGAUGGUGCUGGACGCCGUGCAGCACUGGGAUGUGUUUAAAGUUAUCACCGAGGUGUUCAUCCUGGUUCCAGCUCUUGUGGGUCUGAAGGGAAAUCUGGAGAUGACUCUAGCGUCUCGUCUGUCCACCGCUGCCAACACGGGGCAGAUGGACGAUCCCAAACAGCAGUGGUCAAUGGUGUGCAGCAAUCUGGCACUAAUACAGGUCCAGGCCACAGUGGUGGGUUUCUUAGCAGCAGUGGCAGCUGUGGCUCUGGGGGCCAUGUCCAGAGGAGGAGUGGAGCUGGAGCAGGCGGCUAUACUGUGUGCUAGCAGUGUGACCACCGCCUUCAUCGCCGCACUAUCCUUAGGUUUGGUGAUGAUUGGCGUGAUUAUCGGCUCCCGGAAGGUUGGCAUUAACCCUGAUAAUGUUGCCACGCCCAUUGCCGCCAGCCUCGGGGAUUUAAUCACACUGUCCCUGCUGGCCGGAAUCAGCAGCACACUCUACCACUACAGAGAUGUGUGGUACGUGUCUCUGUUGGUGUGUGUGUUCUUCCUCUCUCUGAUUCCAGUCUGGGUUCUUGUGGCUCGUCGCAGUGUUCAGAUCAGAGAGGUUCUGCGGUCAGGAUGGCAACCUGUUAUAGUGGCCAUGUCCAUCAGCAGUUUCGGAGGUCUGAUUCUGGACAGAACUGUGAGUGACCCCAACUUCAAGGGCAUGGCUGUGUUCACGCCGGUCAUUAACGGUGUGGGCGGGAAUCUGGUGGCCAUCCAGGCGAGCAGGAUCUCCACCUACCUGCACUUCUGGAGCGUUCCUGGAGUUCUGCCCUAUAAGAUGAGACAGCACUGGCCGAACCCCUGCAUCUCCUUCUUCUCUACAGGAGUGAACUCUAAAUCUGCCCGUGUGCUGUUCCUCCUCGUUGUGCCGGGACACCUCGUCUUCCUCUUCACCAUCAGAACUUUACAGGGAGGCCACGCCCCCAUCACCCUGCCCUUUGUCUGCUGCUAUCUUUGUGCUGCACUGAUACAGGUGGCGCUGCUGCUCUACAUGGCGGAUGUGAUAGUGAGGUUCAUGUGGAGGAGAGGUUUGGAUCCUGAUAACUUCUCCAUCCCCUACCUCACUGCUCUUGGAGAUCUGCUGGGAACCGGCCUGCUCGCUCUCUGCUUCCACCUCGUGUUCCUCCUGCAGGGACUCGGACUGUGAUUAGACUGUCAGAUCCUCUUCUUCUUCCUCCUCACACCGUCCAGGACAGGAACUCCGCAGCUCCUCCUGCUGGAACCUCGUUCACUGGACCCUGACUGACCUGCAGGUUUAAUAAAGGUUCCUGGUGAAGAAGAAACCAGCUCCCAGCUCAGGAGUACAGAACUGUUCUGACUGUGAGGUUAAAGGUUCUGUAGGGUCCAUAAGAUUUCCACAACAUCUGAUCUAACUAAUAUUUUUUAUUUAUGGAGCAAAAUCCAAAGAUUCUGUGUAGUGACAAAACAUUUUACUGACUGAAGGAAGUUAUAAAGGGAUGAAUAAUUAACACCAUGUGUUAGAGGAGUGUGUGAGUUUACCUGAACCACAAGGUCUCACUAUAGUUCAAGAUUUUAAACACAAAAAAUUUUAGUUAGGGAAAAAAAAAAUAUUUUAAUGACCCAUACAAUCCACAACCCCACCCCCAUGAUUCAGAACCCCACCCAUAAAAUCCAUAACCCCACUCCCCACUAUCCAUAACCCUACCCCAAUAAUACAAAACCCAACCCCUAUAAUCCACAACCCUACUCCCUACAAUCCAUAAUCCCUGCCCUCCAAUUCAUAACCCCACCUAUGCAAUCCAUAUCUCCACCCCUAUAAUCUAUAGCCCCACCCCUACAAUCCAUAACCCCACCUCUAAAAUCCAUAACCACACCCCAACAAUUCAUAACUCUCAAUCUAUCCAAUCCAUUCUGUGGGCAUGUUCUCAUGUGCCCUUGUGGUUGAUCGCACACACACACGCACACAACUGGAUUUUUAAAAUUGUAAUAAAAGUGCUGAAGUUUGUGAGCUGGAGCUCAUUCGCUCCAACGCUGGAUUUAAUUACAGAAAUAUAUUGAAGGAAUAACCUCAGGAUCUGCAGCAGACAAAACGAUGGUAUUUAUAUGAAAAAUCAUUUAGCACAGCUGUGUAUUAAUGAAACACUGUGUGAAACUUUCACUUACAGGUGUUUACAUCAUCUGGAUGUUUGUACACUAAAUAAUUCAUUUAUUAAUUUAUGAUUGAGUUCAUAAUGCUGGAAAGAUGAGAGUAAUGACUCUGUGCUCUUCCUGCUCAUCAGUCAAUAAUCAAUAAAAUAAAUGAAACCCACUCACUCACUCAGUGUCUCCACCUCCAACACCACCAGCACUGAACUGAGAUCAUUCACAGCUCAUCAAUACUGCAGAGGACAUAA